AUGGCCGGGAAUCUGGGGAUGGAGCAAUUGAUUCCAAUUGUUAAUAAGCUUCAAGAUGCUUUUACACAAUUGGGUGUGCAUAUGCAACUGGAUCUACCACAGAUAGCCGUUGUAGGUGGACAAUCAGCCGGAAAGAGUUCAGUAUUAGAAAAUUUUGUGGGCAGAGAUUUUUUGCCUCGUGGAUCAGGCAUUGUCACGAGACGACCUUUGAUUUUACAACUUAUACAUGGAAAUGCAGAAUAUGCCGAAUUCCUUCAUUGCAAGGGUAAAAAGUUUACGGAUUUCAAUGAAGUGCGUGCGGAAAUCGAAUCGGAGACGGAUCGCAUUACAGGCUCGAACAAGGGCAUCUCACCCGUGCCUAUCAACUUGCGCGUCUACUCGCCUAAUGUACUCAACCUUACGUUGAUCGACUUGCCGGGUCUAACGAAGGUCCCUAUCGGCGACCAACCGCCCGACAUCGAGCAGCAGAUCAAGGCGAUGAUAUUCCAGUUCAUACGUCGCGAAUCAUGCCUCAUUCUCGCCGUCACGCCCGCGAACACCGACUUGGCGAACAGCGACGCCUUGAAACUUGCCAAAGAAGUAGACCCUCAAGGUUUACGUACAAUCGGUGUAAUCACAAAGUUGGAUCUCAUGGACGAGGGAACGGACGCUCGCGAUGUCCUCGAGAACAAACUAUUACCUCUCCGUCGCGGGUACAUCGGCGUAGUAAACCGCUCACAGAAGGACAUAGAUGGAAGGAAGGAUAUAUCAGCCGCGCUCGCCGCCGAGAGGAAAUUCUUCCUAAGCCACCCGUCGUACCGCCACAUCGCGGACCGGCUGGGCACGCCGUACCUGCAGCGCGUGCUCAACCAGCAGCUCACCAACCACAUCCGCGACACGCUGCCCGGCCUGCGCGACAAGCUCCAGAAGCAACUGCUCGCGCUCGAGAAGGACGUCGAGCAGUACAAGCACUUCCGACCCGACGACCCCUCCAUCAAGACCAAGGCUAUGUUGCAAAUGAUACAGCAGCUACAAACAGAUUUUGAGAGGACGAUCGAAGGGUCGGGAUCUGCACAGAUUAACACGAACGAGUUGUCGGGAGGUGCAAAAAUAAACAGGUUGUUCCACGAAAGAUUCCCAUUCGAAAUUGUCAAAAUGGAAUUCGAUGAGAAAGAACUACGUCGCGAGAUUGCAUUCGCUAUUCGAAAUAUUCACGGUAUCAGAGUGGGUCUCUUCACUCCGGAUAUGGCGUUCGAGGCGAUAGUAAAGAAACAAAUCGCUCGGCUAAAGGAGCCCAGUCUCAAGUGCGUCGACUUGGUUGUUCAGGAGCUGUCAAAUGUUGUCCGCGUUUGUACAGAGAGGAUGUCGCGCUACCCGCGCCUGCGCGAGGAGACGGAGCGCAUCAUCAUGGCGCACGUGCGCUCGCGCGAGCAGCAGUGCAAGGAGCAGCUCGUGCUGCUCAUCGAGUGCGAGCUGGCCUACAUGAACACCAACCACGAGGACUUCAUCGGCUUCGCCAACGCACAGAACCAAUCAGAAAAUGCAGCUAAAUCCGGGCACCGAGCUCUCGGAAACCAAGUCAUUAGGAAAGGAUACAUGUGCAUACACAACCUGGGCAUCAUGAAAGGCGGCUCGCGCGACUACUGGUUCGUGCUGACGUCGGAGAGCAUCUCGUGGUUCAAGGACGAGGAGGAGCGCGAGAAGAAGUACAUGCUGCCGCUCGACGGGCUCAAGCUGCGCGACCUCGAGCAGGGCUUCAUGUCGCGCCGCCACAUGUUCGCGCUCUUCAACCCCGAGGGCCGCAACGUCUACAAGGAUUACAAACAGUUGGAGUUGUCGUGUGAAAAUCAGGACGACGUUGACUCAUGGAAAGCUUCCUUCUUAAGAGCCGGUGUCUACCCGGAAAAGACAUCUGAAGCAGCUAAUGGAGAUGAGAACUCGGAUACAUCGGGCACGAGCAGCAUGGACCCUCAGCUGGAGCGUCAGGUGGAGACGAUCCGUAAUCUUGUUGAUUCCUACAUGCGAAUCGUGACGAAGACGACGCGUGACCUCGUACCUAAGACCAUCAUGAUGAUGAUCAUCAACAACGCCAAAGAUUUCAUCAACGGGGAACUGCUGGCGCAUCUCUACGCGUCCGGCGAUCAGUCUCAAAUGAUGGAGGAGUCGCCGGAGGAGGCGCUGAAGCGCGAGGAGAUGCUGCGCAUGUACCACGCGUGCAAGGAGGCGCUGCGGAUCAUCGGCGACGUGUCCAUGGCCACGGUGAGCACGCCCGUGCCGCCGCCCGUCAAGAACGACUGGCUGGAGAGCCGCCUCGACUCCAACCCGCGCCUGUCGCCGCCCUCGCCCGGCGGCCCGCGCCGCGCCGCGCCCGCGCAGCAAGGGUCGCUGGGCCAGCGCGGCGCGCCGCCGCUGCCGGCCGGCGCGGGGCGGCCGGCGCCGCCGCUGCCGUCGCGGCCGGGCGGCGCCGCGCCCCCGCCGCCCGCCGCGCGCCCCGCGCCCGCGCAGGGCCUGCCCGCGCCGCUCAUCCCCACCCGGCCGGGCCCCGCGGCGUCGGCGGCGGCGGGCGCGCUGGGCCAGCUGCCGCCGCACGUGCGCCAGCAGCUCCACCAGGCGGUGGGCCAGGCCGUCACCAACGCCGCCGUCAACGAGCUCAGCUCCGCCUUCGCCAGAUUCAAGUAAACAGACCACGCUUGUCUGACGUGUGACGUCACGACCCGACUCGGUUCGCUUGCGCGAUGGUUCCGUCGUCACGUCCGUUUGCUCUGUAUUGUGACGUCACGACCCGAAUUCUGCUUCCGC